ACAACCCAAACCCGUUUUCCAACCCGACAAAUAGGACCGUCCCCUAGAUUCUCGCACCACCUUUUAGGCAGUUCAAGUACUGCUCUAUCUAUCGUGCUGCUGUUAAUAGAAGCCCUUUUUCGUCAUUUCACCUUCACCCCACCACUCUUCCCCCUAAAAUUUCAACUUCCCCCACGACCCCGGUCCCACCUAAAACAUCUCUCUUCAUUUCCCUUUCUUCCUCAUUUAUUCUUAUUAAUUAUAUUUAAGGUACCCAAUUUAAUUGAAUUUAUCGGAGCGUACUAUAUAAGUGAAACUUCCAGAAUUUAGCAAAAGGACCUUGGCAGAAAUCAGAAUCCAAUUUUGGUAUCCAAACAAGCCCUUAGCAAAAGGCACCGCAUAUGGAUGGGUCCCACUUCCACCCCUCACUUUUUGUCACUGUUUUUUCAACUUAAAGCGGGCAGUGGGAAAAAGACUGAAAACCCCUUUCCAUUUCAAUUAAUUCUCCCCCAAUACCGUCACUUCGUAUAUACUCUUUGCUGUUUUUUGUUUUGUAUUUAAAAAAGAAAAAUAAUUUCUCCAGGAGAGGAGAAAUGGCUACAGUUGGUGGUAACAGAAAUGGCGUCCACAGGGCUUCAAAUCUCCGUACUUCAUCUUCCUUCAAAUCGAAGCUUCCGCCGGCGAAUGUCCGCCGCAGCAGCCCCGCCUCUAUCGGCGGCGUCGCCGAGUCUGUUUCAGGAAGAGUUCGAGUUGCUGUAAGAUUGAGACCUCGAAAUGCUGAAGAGCAGGUUGCAGAUGCAGAUUUUGCUGAUUGUGUGGAAUUGCAGCCAGAGCUCAAAAGGUUGAAACUUCGGAAAAACAACUGGGAUUCAGAUACCUUUGAGUUUGAUGAGGUUCUUACUGAAUUUGCAUCACAGAAACGAGUCUAUGAAGUUGUUGCCAAACCCGUGGUCGAGAGUGUUUUAGAUGGUUACAAUGGGACAGUGAUGGCUUAUGGUCAAACUGGUACUGGGAAGACUUAUACUCUUGGUCGACUAGGUGAUGAAGACACCUCCGCACGGGGUAUAAUGGUUCGCUCUAUGGAAGAUAUCCUUGCAAAUAUCUCUCCAGAGACUGAUUCUAUCUCAGUUUCAUACUUGCAGCUUUAUAUGGAAACAAUCCAGGAUCUACUAUAUCCAGCAAAUGAUAAUAUUUCAAUUGUUGAGGACCAAAGAACUGGUGAUGUUUCUUUGCCAGGGGCUACUGUAUUAGAGAUCCGGGACCAACAAAGUUUUGUUGAACUCUUACGCUUGGGGGAAGCUCAUCGGUUUGCUGCUAACACUAGACUGAAUACCGAAUCUUCCCGUAGUCAUGCCCUUCUAAUGGUACAAGUGAAGAAGUCUGUACCGGGAGGGGUUGAUUUUCCUCAAGAAUCUCAAAAUCACUCUAGUUUGGUUGGUAAUUUGAGGCCACCUAUGAUACGAAAAGGCAAACUAAUUGUUGUAGAUCUUGCUGGUUCUGAACGUAUACACAAAUCAGGAAGCGAGGGACACAUGUUAGAAGAAGCCAAAUCUAUAAAUCUUUCACUGAGUGCUUUGGGAAAAUGUAUAAAUGCAUUGGCAGAAAAUAGUUCUCAUGUCCCAGUUCGAGAUUCAAAGCUUACAAGGUUACUUAAAGACUCUUUUGGAGGAACAUCCAGAACUUCAUUAAUUGUUACAGUUGGCCCAUCUCCACGUCAUCGAGCAGAGACUGCAAGUACCAUAAUGUUUGGACAAAGGGCAAUGAAGGUGGAGAACAUGCUGAAGAUUAAGGAAGAGUUCGAUUACAAGAGUUUGUCCAAAAGACUUGAGAUGGAAAUUGAUAAACUUAUUGCUGAAAAUGAAAGACAGCAAAAAGUUUAUGAAAAUGAGAUAGAGAGAAUCAGAUUAGAAGCACAGAAACGUGUUGCUGAGGCUGAAAGGAGUUAUGUGGAAGUUUUAGAGGAGGAGAAAACAAAAUGCCAGAUGGACUAUAUGGAGUCAAUUAAGAAGCUUGAGGAGAAGUGGACCUUUAACCAGCAAAAGCAUGCUUUUAAUGGAGAGAAUCAAGCUUAUGCUGGUGGCGAAGAAGCUGCUGAGCUAAAAAGAUUGCUUCAAAAUGAAAUUCGUCUAAGAAAGGCAGCUGAAGAGGAAAAUCACUUCUUAAAAAAUCAGCUUCUUAAAUUUUCGAAGGAGUUGGAAAGUGGAAACGCUAAUGGCUUUAGCAUUCAAGAAGUGCUGGAGGAGGAGGGUCUUCAGAAGAAAAAACUUGAAGAAGAAGUGAGAGUUUUGCGAAGUCAAUUGGCACAGCAGUCUAUUGAAGCCAAUCAAAGUAGAAGCUAUCCAGAGAGAGGCAACUCUGGGAACCCACUUCUUGGUAUAGAUAGCUUAACUCCACUUAAUGAUCUGCGGUCUAGAGAUGGCAAUAAUGGAGAAAGAGCAUCCAUCGCAAACCUUCAUGAACAAGUUGGAUUGCAUAAGAUAUUGUCCUUACUCGAGUCAGAGGAUGCUAAUGUGCGGAUUCAUGCUGUGAAAGUGGUAGCCAACUUAGCUGCAGAAGAAGCAAAUCAGGAAAAGAUAGUUGAAGCUGGUGGUCUCACUUCAUUGUUGAUGCUUCUUAGAACGUAUGAGGAUGAAACAAUUCGUAGAAUUGCAGCUGGUGCAAUUGCCAAUCUUGCUAUGAAUGAGGCUAAUCAAGAGCUUAUAAUGGCCCAAGGUGGAAUUUGUCUGUUAGCAAUGACAGCUGGCGAUGCCGAAGAUCCUCAGACUCUACGAAUGGUUGCCGGAGCAAUAGCUAAUCUAUGUGGAAAUGAUAAACUGCAAACAAGACUGAGGUCAGAAGGUGGCAUCAAAGCUUUGUUAGGAAUGGUGAGAUGUAGACAUCCCGAUGUUCUCUCUCAAGUUGCACGUGGUAUUGCAAAUUUUGCCAAGUGUGAAUCUCGAGCAUCUACUCAAGGAACAAGAGAUGGAAGGUCUCUCCUGAUAGAAGACGGUGCAUUGCCGUGGAUAGUACAAAAUGCCAACAACGAAGCUUCGCUAAUCAGGCGCCACGUUGAGCUUGCACUCUGCCACCUGGCACAGCACGAGGUGAAUGCUAAAGAGAUGAUAAGCGGAGGAGCACUUUGGGAGCUAGUUCGUAUUUCACGAGACUGUUCUAGGGAGGACAUUAGGGCUCUUGCUCGUCGAACUCUAACAACAAGUUCCACUUUCCAAGCUGAAAUGCGACGCUUAAGGAUAGAGGUCUAAUUUCUUAACUUUAAAUCUAAAUUUUCUCCUCUUAUUAUAUAUAAAAUCACCUUGCAUGAGAUUUGAAUGUAUGUAUAAUGUAUUACUACUAGAAAAGUUGCGGGUUUUGUUUGUUAUCAUUAUUUAAUUUUGUUCGAUUGUCUGGCCAACUUCUUUAUGAUUAUCUUUUUUCCUUUUCUUUUUUGGCUUCAGUUGCAAUUUUGUAGUAAAUUGUUCAUUUACGAUUAGUUGUAUAUACGACGAGCGAGUACUUAAAUGAAAUUUCAUUUUGUGUGAACGCCUCCA